AUGAAAAACAUCGAAGGGCAUGUUUACGCGAGACGCCUCGUCAUACAGCACAUGAGAACGCAAGCAGCAUCGUUGGAGUACAACGAAGGGGUGGGAACAACGCGAGACGAGAACGAGUGGAGAGGCCCGGCCGGUCAGCGGGUGGCACCGAACGUCGACAUCGUCGACGCUCGACCAUGGCCACGCCCCAGCUGUUUCAGAAGACAGGCGCGUUCUACACGUGCUCGUGUGUGUGUAAGUGUAGGUUUAGUUGUCGAGGUUUCGGUUUUCUCAUCUUACAUGGAGAAUUAA